AUGGGCGACAGCAACGAUAGAGUCCCCAUGAUGACACGCAGGACAAGGAGAUCAACCAUCGGCCCCACGCCAGCGGGUGCCAAUUCGAAACAUGCCAAUGGCAGCAAGCAGGGCAGCGCAAGGGAAAAAACGCCAAGCCAUCCGAGCCACAGCAACCGGAAGGUGAAGGAGGAAAAACAGGUGCACGAGGCGGUCAGGACACAACAGGAGAGGAGCAAAAUCGGCGAAAGACUCAGGUAAAGCAUAACACACGGCUUUAUGAGCUCACAGACACGUCUUCAAUCCCUGAUGUAUUCAGCUCUAGCUGCCUGUCAUAUAUAUUUUGUCACUCAGAAUGUUGUUAUGUAUUGAAGGCUUUAGGUGUUAACUAUAGGUUCCUCAGAAUAUGAGGCCAGGUUCACUUACAUCAUGUAUGUUCUCUUUGCUUAGCUACAUGUUUGAAAUAAAUCUAGGCCACAUGUCUAUAGACUACCUUUGCAGAUCAGGUAGCUAUUCUGCAGUGAAUUUAAAUAUGCUACACCGGUGCAGCUAUGGCUGUACACAAUUCAGUGAUCCUCAAUCCUGGUCCUGGCUGGGUGACCCACAACAAAGUGUGUAGGUUUUUGUUCUAGCCCAUCACCAAACCACCUGAUUCAACGAAUCAUCAACCCCUUACUACUGUCUUCCCAGCUGCCAUGUCCUCCAGGAGUCCCUGCUCAGCUCAGCCAGUGGAUACAGUAACUAUAGAGGCAUCCUCAACUGGUGCGUGGUCAUGCUG